CUUUUUUUCAUGUCGAACUGUACAACAGUACCUGUCUAGCUCCAUGUUUUCCCUAUCUCACUGUACAUUGGCACCUGUCUAUCUGCAUGGGGUUUCCAUUCUCACUGUACAUGUGUGCCUGUCUAUCUGCAUGUCUGUCUGUUUUUAAACAGUGCCCGUCUACCUGCUAUUUUCAUGUCUAUCCCUAAAACAGUACCUGUCUUUCUUUUUCCUGUCAAACUUGUACAUCAGUGUCUGUCUAUCUGCAUACUGACCGACCUGCACUUAAUUGCCAGUGUAACUGCAUGUCUAUCUGAACUAAUUGACCGCCUACCGACCUGUAUGUCUUGUCUCGCUGGCCAUACGUCAGUCUGCCAAAGGGGGCAGUGUCGAGCUCCGCUCCACGGGGAGCUCCAUUUUUCAAGAUGUCGUCGCUGGAGCAGAGGCUGUCGCGAAUCGAGGAGAAACUCAAGCAGGAAAACGAAGAGGCUCGGCGGAGUAUGGACCUCAAGAUCGAUUUGAGUCCGCAUAGAUCCCACGCGAGACCAAUCAUCGUGAUCCAGCUCAGUCCUGCUCCAGCUCCUUCCCAGCGUGCAGCCCUUCAGCUGCCCCUGGCCAACGACGCAGGAAGCCGCUCAUCGUCUUCAGAGAGCUCGCCUCAGCACCACCCCUGUCGCCCCAGACACAUGCUCACCCUCCCCACCCCACAGUACGGCCUACAGAAGAGUCUCGAAAAUGCAGAGAUUGACCAGAAAUUGCAAGAGAUCAUGAAACAAACGGGUUAUCUUAAAAUCGAUGGACAGAGGUAUCCAGCCGAAGUGACGGAUUUGAUCAAUGAGGGGGAGAUUGGCAGCGGGACCUGUGGGCAGGUCUUCAAAGUGCGUUUCAAGAAGACUGGUCACGUCAUUGCAGUCAAACAAAUGCGGCGAACAGGCAAUAAGGACGAGAACAAGAGGAUCCUGAUGGACCUGGAUGUGGUGCUGAAAAGUCACGACUGCCCUUAUAUCAUCCAGUGCUACGGUGCCAUAGUUACCAAUACAGAUGUAUUUAUUGCCAUGGAGCUGAUGGGAACGUGUGCUGAGAAGCUGAAGAAGAGAAUCCAAGGCCCCAUCCCAGAACAAAUCUUAGGAAAAAUGACUGUUGCAAUAGUAAAAGCCUUGCUGUAUCUGAAAGAGAAGCACGGUGUAAUCCACCGUGACGUUAAACCCUCCAACAUUCUCCUGGAUGCGAAAGGUCAGAUCAAACUGUGCGACUUUGGCAUCAGCGGACGCCUCGUCGACUCCAAGGCAAAGACUCGCAGCGCCGGCUGUGCUGCAUACAUGGCGCCCGAGAGAAUAGACCCUCCUGAUCCCACCAAACCCGACUACGACAUCCGAGCGGAUGUAUGGAGCCUUGGCAUCUCUCUGGUGGAGCUGGCCACAGGACAGUUUCCCUACAAGAAUUGCAAGACAGAUUUUGAGGUUCUGACCAAAGUGCUGCAGGAAGACCCCCCUCUGCUGCCUCUUAGCAUGGGAUUCUCCCUCGACUUCCAGUCCUUCGUCAAAGAUUGCCUCACUAAGGAUCACAGAAAAAGGCCAAAAUACCACCAGUUGCUGGAGCACAGCUUCAUCCGACGCUACGAGGUGCUGGAGGUGGAUGUGGCCGGUUGGUUCCAGACGGUGAUGGAUCGCACCGAGUCGCCUCGCAGCAGCCAAUGUUACAGCCAUCAGCACCAGCUCCACUCCUCGCUCUUCAGCAGGUAGCCUGCAGAGAACCCCUCGCCCGCCCUUAGCUCAGCUGUCCUCCCUAAUGUAGUCUAGCCUCAGCCUAAAGAAGCUAAGCCUAGCCUUAGACUCUGUCCACCGAAGAAGCCCUCAAAGAGUGGGAGGAUGAUGAUGAUGACGACGACGACGACGAGAGAUUUUUUUUGGGACGGCCGAUCUGACGGAGGGAGGGACUGAUGGAUGGAUAGCAUGUUCAAUCUGGACAGGCAGACAUGGGAGGGAGAUGUGCACUGUAGUUAGUUCGCUGCGUUUGUGCGCAGCUACAGUCAUUAUCAUCACACCUUCGUAAACGUGUCACUUUUUCGUAGUCGCUUAGCAACGAGUGUUAUCCAAGCCACUGUUACGUGUAUGUGUUGAGUUUGUCCAGAUAUGAAUACAUGGUCAGGAGUCAUCAAUAAUUUUGAAUACUGGAGAAAACUUCAUUUAUUUCACUACUUCAAUUAAAAAAAGUGAGACUCAUUGUAUAGAUUCACUACUCACAGUGAAUUAUUUCAUGAUUUUUUUUUUUAUAAUUUUGAUUGUAGAUUACAGUUCACGAAAACCCUCAUCUCAAGAAAUCAGGAUAUUACAUAACCGAUCAAAAAUGUUUUUUUAAUAUUGGAAUAAGGUUGGAUUUGGUGCUGUGUGUUUAAGGAAUCAAGAGUUUCACUUUUUGAAUAGAAACCUUUCUACAGUAUUCCAAUUUAUUGAUUUGCAACUCUAUAUUGUCCAUCUUAUUAAGUCUUUUAGUCCAAAACACAGAACUCAUUAGUGAUAGCCUCAUUUUUAAUACCAAUUGAUCAGCUUCCAUGUGAAUCCAUGUUUCAGCUACGCAUUUGGGAGGGAAAACACUGAAAAAAAUUAGUCUUGUAUUCUAACCUUGUUUUGUUGUUCGUCCAUAAUGAGUUAGCUGAGCUGAGAGGAGAUGGAAGGAAACUGGUGGAUUGGAAAAGAAAGUCGUAUUGAUGGCUGUUUGGAGGAUUGUUAACUUGCAGUGUUGCUUUUUCCGCAAGGAGACGUAGAACGCAGAUAUUUAAUAUGUGCAAAGAAAUAGAAAAGUGGGUGGAUGGAUGUCAUCAACUGUGGAGCAUAUGCCGACUCCACUUGGUUGUCUACCUCGUCCUCUCUGUCUGCCUCCGCUGUUGAGUGUUUUCCAGACCAAAGGUGAUUGCGGUUGCGAGGUGGAGACUCAAAAGACGCGUUACGGUGCAAUAACAGUCAACUAUUUCCAUUAAUAGUCAUGUUCAAACGAAGCAGCGGUUACUUGCAUAUGUUCUUAAACCACAGUCAAACUGGCAAUUAUAAAAUGUAUCAUCAUGUGUCAACCACACUUUGUGCUAGAGAUGAUAGUCAAGACAGAUUGCUCAUGCAACUGGACGAAACGAGCAUUUUGAGGUGAUUUUAGUGAUAAUUUACUUACUAAAUGACUAAACUUGAUUGAACAGGACUUUACACAUGUACACGCAGCAUUCUCAAAGACAUAAGCUGUUCUCACCACAAUUUUUAGUAUGAAAUCUUUCUAAAAGUUAAACAUUUUCUCCUAAAAUAUACUUUUACCAAUAUCGAACGACUCUUACAAUGUAUGCUACACACUGAAAAACAAUAUCUUUAAAGUCCCUGUAACGUGAACAAAUGACUUCUACCCUGCCAAAUUUGAAUCUUUAAAUAAAUAAAUAAAUAAAUAAAUCAGCAAGUAUAGAAAAAGAGGCUUCAAAAAAAUAAGGCACAGUCUCUACUCACAAACACGUGAAACCACUCCCCACUAGCCACCAGCUGGCUUGCGACCUAACAGGCUUCCGAGGAUCGUGUCGGCCGGGAGACGGGCGGCAUCACCUCCUCGUUUGAGAAUUUAAAUAAUGACACCAUGCUGGUUCUAUUAAUUGUGGGGUCAAGGCAUAGCUGGCAAGCUCACUGCAUGCUGUAGUGGCAUUAAUGGGCCUAGUAAUAACUAAGUAACUUGUGAUUGCACCGGAUAAACAUUGUGAACGAAGGCGUCCAAGUUAUUAUAUACCGUAGUCGGGGACGGGGGACUCAUGCCAGAUGCUCAAAUUGAGUCACUGGGUGCUGUUCAAGGCACGCCUCAAAAAUCUGGGAAACUGAAAUGAUGAGAAACAGUUCUGCGCUGUAUCUCCAGAAUUCAGCACUGCGUAGUGCUCAGUCUUUGCACGUUUUCGGCAAUUAUCCUUCACAAAUCUCUGAAUUCACUUUACAGGCGUUUUAAUAGGGUUGACAAUUGCGGAGGCAAAAUAUUGACAUAACGUGGUUCCGAUAUCAUAUGGUGAUAUUUUGCCAACGAUAGCAUCAGGAUACACUGAUUGGGGGGGAAACGCCUACUAUGUAACUGAACGGGCAACUAGUAGACUAAGCAUACAUUAAAAUUAAAUAAUUGAAAUAUUAUUUUUCUCUUAAAAAUAUAGUCCAUGAUGAGCUGAUUUGUCCCUUUUUUUUUAAGAGUAUGAAAACAAUAUUCACAUCUAAGUACUUUAUGAAAGCAUAAUGUAAUUGCUGUAUGUUGUAUAUGUACAUCUAAUGUCUUGAAAAUACAAUAAUUACAGCUGGCCAAGUAAAACCCCUUUUUCUUUAUAUACAAAGUUCAUGAUAUCAUUUAAGCAUUGGUUGUAGAUUUUACAUUGAAAUUUGUAUAAUUCAUAAAUUAAUGCUGAAUUUGCGCUGAAUAUCUUUCUGCUAAUGUUUAGUAAUUCAAAAACAAUUUAUUAUUUCAGAAAAACGUGUUUUCAGUCAAGCCAAUAUUGGUUGUUUAUUCACUAAUUUUAUGUCCUGAUUUAAGUGUGAUAUCCUACAAAGUUUUCAUGAGAAUAGUCUUUAUCGAGACUUCAUAUAUCGACUUGUUGUUUAGCAUUGCGUGUAAACAUGUAUGUGGUUUUUCUACAAUUAAGGCUGUUGAGGAUUGUUGAAUUAAUAUAGUGAAGACUUGACUAGGCACCAAAGCAAAUCACUGAGAGAGACACAGAAGUGACUAGUGGUACUGAACGAGCCAGGAAACAGUUAAGUGUCAGAAAGAGAGAGAGAGAGAGAACGAUGAGAUGUUGAAAAGAUGGCAGUAAAGAUGAGCGGAAAUGGAAGGAGAGGUAAGGUUGUUGAGAAACUGCAAGUGUGAGACAAAGACAAAUGAAGUUAAGUACGUGCUAAAAGAGAGGAAACUGAGGAGAAAACAUCCGCUGUACAAAGCUUUCAUGGUGUUACACCAACAUUUUUUCGAGCUAGUUGAUGAUUGUUGUUCCGUUCAAACUAUUUAUUGACUGCUGCUACUAUUUUUAUUUUUUAUUUUAAUUGUGUUAAUUGCUAUAAAGACGCUGCUGUCACUUCUUUUUCCCCAAAGGACAAAAUACUUUUGCCAAAAAAGUGAACUCCAAUGCAAAGUCUGCACGUGUUUUUACCAAAUACUGACGAGAAGAGCACGUGUUGAGGAAGGCGAAAAGCGAGUGAGAGAAAAGCACUAACUCAUGACACAAUGUAACCGCUCGUCACCUCACAUCGUGCGACUAAUGCAAGUCAUUACACCGUAGGCAGGUUCAAGGUUGUCUGUCUGUCCAGAUGCUUUAGGUCAUGUCCAUCCACUGCAAGCUUGACAACUGCACACCAAAGGUGUCCACAACCCCAUAAAUACAUUAUUGUAACAACUCUGAUAUGAAAUUUCUCUAUAGCGCAUUUAAGUGGCUAAAGGGGGCGCUGUGGUGCAGCAGUGCCCCCCUUUGUGUGAUGUUUUAUGCUCUACAGAGGGAGACUGGCACACUAUAACACACAACGGGGGGCCGAGCAGUCCAAAGAAAACUGGCAUUACUGGAGUUCCGUAACAGGAAGUCCACCAUCCCAUUUUGGCUUCACUGGAUGUCAGAAAUCUUGAUGGCACCAAAGUGAUACAUGGCUCAAUUUACUGUUAAUCCAGUCAUGCCAAAACAAGAAUGGCAUUCAGGAGAGUGCAGAGCAAUCUUAAAAUUGUACAAUUUAUUGAUAUUAGCAUGUCAGCAUUUUCAGGCACAGAGCCCUAUCGCAACUUGUGAAAACCAGUAAUGCCCCCGUCAAAGGGUUUAUAAUUGCCUAUAGGUGCCACUAGAUGGCGACAAAGCACUGCUUUUGUCUAAAGAAGACGCCUCAACUCACUAACAUAGUGCCUUGGCGCCAAAGUUAAUUUUGCGGCAUGAGUGUAAAAGCAAAUAGCUGAGUGAGUUCUUUAGUAGAUAACAGAGGGUAGGUUUAAUAAAAUAAAAAAAUCAGCGGGGGUUCACUAUAUGUGUUAAUCACUACGAAAUUAGAUGAAUCAUAACUUUUUUUUUUUUUUGUUACCGUCACAUUGCACAGAACGGAUGCCUCCACCAAAUAGGAAGACAGUGUGACUUAAGUGCUAUCUUACAGAUUGUUUUCUUGUAGUUAUUAUUUAUGACGACCAUCAUUAAAUUAGUUGGUUAAAUGAUUAACAACCUAAACAAAUGAUUUCAACUGAGCAGUUGACAGGAUUUCACAAAAAAACCUAGCGAAUGUCAACGAAAUUGUGUCAAAUGAAGAGCGUUGCAUUUCGGUGCAGAUUUCAAUAAAGCUGUGAGUCAAGAGAAUUUACCUCACCUUAUUACUGUCCACUUGCAUUGGGGCCUGAGUUUGGAAUGUAAGAAUGUUGCCUGUGGAUGGUUUUAGGAGUGACUUCCAACUGUUUCUGAUACAACCCCACUGCAAUUGCAGUUAAAAAUAACCCAACUCGUACAACCCCGGUCAGCUUUUAGAGCUGGUGGUGGCCGCUUUCAAAUGUUAUAUAUGGGAAACCCCUGUUUUAAGAUUUGCAUACUGAAUUGACCCGAACAAUUACAAACAUUUUACCCAUCCAUGAUUGAUCAUAGCGUUCUGAGUCUUGACAAUUUCAGGGAAGCCAAAGGGCACCCUAAUGGCUCUCAUUGAUACAAAAUGAAGAUGAGAUCCAGUGGUGUUGUCAGCUCGGCCCCUUUGUCUACUUUUACUCUGACGAAUAUUGACUUGACUUUAAAGACACGGUUUACGUCCACGGGGCUGACGUGUACAAAAAGUACAUUCAGGUGCUCUGCAUCCAGUUAUGAAUGACACCGGAUGCGUGUCCUCCCCCCAACCCCCGCGUGUGGACCCAGUCUCCCACUGUCUAACCUUGUUUAGUUUAUAAGCUGAUGUGCACCAACACAUGCUCUAUGUGCUACUCGGAUUGUAGAACGGGGUGGGCCCAGUACGGACCCAUCUGAUCUAGUAGGGCUCUUGGAGGACUUUGUAAAAUCUAGGAAGAAGCUCCCUCACCCCUGAUGUAGAGACACCAAAUAUUUAAAGUGAUCCCACCCUGGCUUGAUGUGUAUAUUAGCUCGCCGGCGUGUAUAUAAACAAUGAAGCUAGCUGCUAGCGCCUACCUGAGCUGUGCCUUGGCGUCCAGCAGCUGUCUCGCCGAGCUCUCUCUUUCGCUCUGUGUAUUUGUGUAUUUUAAAUCCCAUCUGUAAGUAAACCAAAUAUCAUCGUCACUAUGCAGUCAUGCAAAACCAUGUUGGCUUGCUACGAGCGGUACAUUAUAAUGAGACUCCCACCCUCUUAGUGCAACACACAGCAAGUUUUCAAUGAGCUGACAUAUUUAAGGAUUGUAUUAGGGUGGGAGGGAUUUUGUGUGCUUGGUUUUUUUUGGGGGGGGCGGGGUAGAUCAAUGCUGUAAAAGCAGGGGUAGGGAACCGACAGACCCUGGGUCAUAUACAGUGGGGGAAAUAAUGAUUUGAUCCCCUGCUGAAUUUGUGAGUCUGCUCACAAAGAAAUAAACAGUCCAAUUUCUGUGCGUGUUCAGUAAUUGUAAUAGACAGACAAAACACAAAACGCAUGCACGUGCAUUUUGAGUGAAAGUACUAAAAGUAUAAAACGAAAGAUGUUUUAUUCACCUUGUGAGGGAAAUCAAAUUGUCACAACAGCUAUAUUCACAGUUGCACAUCUAAUAAUACCAACAAAGUACAAACAAGUAAAAGUCAGCAUUGAGGAGGAACUUUGAAAUGUUUAUGAAGCAAGAAAAAAAAGGAUGUUGCAUGUUUGUAUGCGAUAAGUAAUAUACAUUGGUGCCUAAACAUACGAGUCUAAUUUGUUCCGUGACAACACUCUCUAAUCAUCCUUGCCCUUUGAAAUUAAUGGCAAUACCAUUAAUCCAUUACAGCCCCCCCCAAAGAUUUUUUUGUUUUUUUUUUAAUAAGAAAAAUGUCACUGUUAUAUUUUAAGAACAUACAGUAAUGACAUAAUUCCAUACAAUUAUGAAGAAUUCAGCAGUUUUUGUCACAAUCUUAUUUAACUCUAUGAAAUGCACAGUUUUUUUUUUAAUGUAUUUUGACUGAUCUUUCGUUACCGUGAUCAAUAAACAAUGCAAAGAUAUUGGAGACUGUUAAUUUCUAUGUAAGUGAGCAAACUUAGCAAUUCAGGAGGGGAUCACAAGUAUUUUAUCUGGCCUUUCAUUCAAUAGUAAAACGCAUAUACAGUGGGUACGGAAGGUUUUCAGACGACCUUAAAAAUUUCACUCUUUGUUAUAUUGCAGCCAUUUGUUAAAAUCAUUUAUUUUUUUUACUCAAUGUACACACAGCACCCCAUAUUGACAGAAAAAAACGGAAUUGUUGAAAUAGCCAUAAGUAUUUAGACCCUUUGCUGUGACACUCAUUGAACUCUGGUGCUGUCCAUUUCUUCUGAUCAUCCUUAAAAUGGUUCUACACCUUCAUUGGAGUCCAGCUGUGUUUGAGUAUACUGAUUGGACUUGAUUAGGAUAGCCACACCCCUGUCUAUAUAAGACCUUACAGCUCACAGUGCGUGUCAGAGCAAAUGAGAAUCAUGAGGUCAAAGGAACCGCCUGAAGAGCUCAGAGACAGAAUUGUGGCAAGGCACAGAUCUGGAGAGGAUCUGCAAGGAGGAAUGGCAGAUGAUCCCCAAAUCCAGGUGUGAAAAACAUCAUUCCCAAAAAGACUCCUGGCUGUAUUAGCUCAAAAGGGUGCUUCUACUAAAUAUUGAGCAAAGGCUCUGAAUACUUAUGGCUGUGUGAUAUUUCAGUUUUUCUUUUUUUAAUAAAUCUGCAAAAAUUUCAACAAUUCUGUUUUUUUUCUGUCAAUAUGGGGUGCUGUGUCUACAUUGUAGAAAAAAAUGAACUUAAAUGAUUAUAGCAAAUAGCUGCAAUAUAAAAAAGUGAACAAUUUAAGGGGGUCUGAAAGCUUUCCGUACCCACUGUAAAACUAAUUUAAUCCACAAACCCUCUUGAUAUGUAAAAAUAAACAAUCACUGCAUUAAUGUAAAAAAGGUUCCUCCCCCUGCCGUGAAGUCUAUCAAGUGCACGUCAUUGUCACAGCUGUAACUGCCGUUCUUUUGUUCCCAUUACUUUUUUUUGGGGGGGCCAGAAAUGUUGAAUUAUUAAGGUCUCGUAUGAAGCUCAUAAUUCCACCUCUCUCUCUCUCUGUCUCUCUCUCACUCUCACAGUGUUUGUUAGAAAACUUUUGUCUGUUUUUUGCCCCCACUUAGCUGUUGUAUGCGUGUACCAAAAGUGUAUUGACGGUGAUGAUUAUUAUUUUAUUUAUCCUUUAUUUUGUGUUUUUUUUAUUUUUUAAAUGAUCAUUGUUAUUUGAUGAUUCAUAUGAUUUAAGGUUUUAAUAUUAUUGUAUUAUGAGUUUAAUUAUGGCUACUAUUCAGGGCAAAGAAGACACCAAAUUGAACAAAUAGAUACUAAAUACACAGUGGAACCUCCAAAGUUGAAGUGUGACUGCUCAGUACAAUAUGAGCUAUAAUUAUUAAAUAUCAAUGACAUACACAUUCAUGGUUAAAGUUUGGGUAUUUUUGCUUUGUUUUAGUUUUAUUAUACAGUGGCUAACUUCUAUUUAUUACUGCUAUAAACUAUUAUGUUAAAAUGUUACUUAAAGCAUUACAUGUACGCUUAAACGAUUUAGUGAUGUUUCACGUAACAUUAUUUUCACAUAAUUUUUUGAAUGAGGGAAAAAAUGUUUGAAUUCAGAACUUGAACAGAACAGAUUUAACUUCAGAGGUUCCACUGCAGGUGAUAGCCUGGUGGAUUCUAGCCGCCACUUCAACUCAACUUUAAAAGGUAUUGUUGUGCAUUGAUUCGACAUCUUGAUCAUUUUGACUCAUAGCCCCAAUAUGGGUUAUAAAUUGUGUGUGCUGUUGCUUUAUUUGCUCCCCUGCUCCACAAAUACACCCUUGCCCGGCUUAUGAUUUGACAUAAGUUUUUUAAUGCUGUGUUAUGAUUAUUUUUCUAUUCUUCCUGGUUUGUUUGAUGCUGUAGUAAGUGAAUUGUUUGGUCAAGUACAAGAGCAUUUGAGCUUUUCUUUUGUUUUCCGAAAGCUGUCAUGACUGAUGUUGCACUUGUAAUGUUUAUAUUUUAUUAUUAUGAUUAUUAUUUUUGUUGGUGUCUUGCGUUGCAGACUGCCCCCCUCUUAUUUUUUUAAAGAGUCACAACAGUUUUGUCUUAUUUAUCUGUGACACGGGAAGAUCAUCAUUCAACAGUGUAUUUUCUUCACUGAUUUAUAUUUAUUAUUGAUGUGUGUCUUUUGAUUUUGGUUUGUUGUUAUGCCUUUUUUUUUUUUUUUUUAACAUGACUUGAGAGGCGAGCAGUCAAAAGUAUAUCAUUAUUGUAAUAAUAUACUGAAAUACAACACAGUCGGGACAUUUAUCUUUACUGGCUUAAAUUCCUCCAUUUUAUUUACCGUUUACCCAUGCAAACAAAGGUUCACCCAAUUUGGAACUUUGCUCAAUUUGUAUUUUAUUUUAAAAGCCUUCUUCCUGCUUAUGCUGACUCUUUUGAAAUUCCGAUUUAUUAUCAUUAUUAUUGUUUGUUUGUUUGGCUGUGGCUUUACGUUCGUAGUUUUCACAACAAAAACAAGAGAAACAACAUACUGUUAGUUCCCCUUUUUUGGCACCAUGAAAAUGUACCAAGUCUCACAGCUUUACUGCCCCUAUUAUUAUUUUUUUAUUUUAUUGCUGUAUGUCACCUCAGCCUGCAUCCCUGUCUCAUUUCAAAAAGAACAAAUGCCAUUAUAUUGUGAAUACCUCAGGAUUCUUUUGAUGAGAAAAACAACAAUAAAACACCAAAAAAUCAAAUUAAAGAAACUCAUAAGUUGUCUUUUUUAUUUUUUAUUUAUUUAUUUUAUUUUUAUUUUUUUUACUUCCAGGUCUAAAAACUUUAACCCCCCCCCCCCCCCCAAAAAAAAUAGUGUUAUCACAUUAGUAUUACAUAUGUUGCUGUGUUGGGAGUCCUUGUUCUAAACUGGAGGCAAGAACAUUGUAAUGUAUUUUUUGUCCACAAGAGGGGGCACGUUAGAGGCGGAAAAAGGCAGUACAUCACAGGAAGUGUUUCUUUGUGUAUUUAUUUUUAUUUCGUUUGGGAUGAUGUAACCUGCCUCUCAUCCCAAAGUCAGCUGGGAUAGGCUCCUGCUCACCCAUGACCCCAAUGUGAACAAGCUAUUUGGGGAGACUGUUACUAAAGAGUUGUGUGUAAAACUAUCCCUCUAUUCAUGUGCCAAUCCCACUCCCCCCCUCACUUGUCUCUUUACUGUAACUUUCCAGUUACCUGUAGAACAUGACUGCACAUGCUCCUCACUAAUGCAAGCUUACAUAACACUUGAUUUUUAGUACUUAUUUUGUGUGCGCGCUGCAUUGCAUUGCUCUAUACACUGAUGUUCUAUCCAAA